CAAAUGCUCCGAGGGGUAAAAGCCUAAGUACAUCUAGACGACGAACUUCUCCAAGAACAUCUCCUCCAGUAUUAAAAAAGAUUCUGCCAACAAUGAAAACAUCAAUAGACGAGGGUGUGCCAACAAGACUUUUUAAAGUGGUUUUUGUUGGUGAUUCAGGCGUGGGUAAGACGAGUAUUUUGCAAAGGUUUUGCACGAAUAGUUUUAAAACGACAUACAGUGCUACAGUUGGGGUUGAUUUUCAAAUAAAGACUCUCGAGCUUGAAGGUGAAAGAAUAGCUCUCCAACUGUGGGAUACAGCCGGACAAGAAAGAUUCCGAAGCAUGACGCAGCAAUAUUUCCGAAAAACUGAUGGCAUCAUUCUAGUAUAUGACGUCACAUGCGAAACAUCGUUCAAAAAUAUGAGAAAUUGGAUGAAUAGCAUUAAAGUAAGAAAUUGUGCGAUACCAUACUUAAAUGGGAAAUUCAUACUUUUUGUCAAGCUUAAUAACUCUAUUUCAUACAUAAGCUCACCGAACGAAAAAUGA